AUGCCGCACAAGAGAGCGAAGCACUCGGAUCGCGUGGCCAAGCGUUUCUCGCUCGGCCAGGAUCUCGCUCCUGGCGCAAAUGACGGCUUCUUUUCCGAGAUGCCCAAGGGAGCCAUGCGCAUCUUGCAAGGUGCCAAGGUGCAAGAGGCGCACCGUGCCAAGCUCGAGGCUAGAAAGAAAGCCGAGCAGGAUGCUCUGACAAGAGCAAAGGGCAAGGCAAAGGCGUCCGAAGCGUCCACGAGCGAGUCGAACGACAAGGCUGGCUCCGAGCUCACCAUUCGACCGGGAGAAAAGCUGCGCGACUUUAACGCUCGAGUCGAGCAGGCCAUGGCUGGCGAUGUUCGCGCCUCUUUCCGCUCGGCAACACGGUCCCAGAUCAACGCUCGCAAGCGUGAGCGCAGGAAGCUUCGAGCGGCCGGUAUCGACCCAGAUGCCGAUCCUGAGGACCUCGAACAACAAGAAACGACUCGCAAAGCCAAAGCAGACAAGGCGGCCGCACUGCAGGCGAGCGAGCCCUCGAAGAACGAUCUCAAGCGUCAACGUCAGACCAUCCAGCAGACGGGCGAGAUCAAGGACUUUGCCAAGGCGAGCCAAGUCAAGAAGAUCAACGACGUGGCACAGGCUCCUCCCACCCUCACUCGGGCUCCUCGCGGCGAAUCGGUGCAGGCCAAGACGAGAAAGGCUCGUCUCAUGGCCAAGAUCACAGGCAACGACGAAGAGGAGGCCGAACGCAAAGUCAAGCAGGCAGAGAAGGCUCGACAGAAGGGGCGCGUGCCCGAGAAGCUUGCCGCCGCAAAUGCUUCGGCAACAAACAGCAAGAAGCGCAAGGCUGCCUCCGGUAACGAGGCACCGGCAGAGCCUAGCAUGGCAAGACAGCGCGUGCUUGACGAAGAGCGUCAGAAGGCCAUCAAAGCAUAUCGCCAGAUCAAGGAAAAGAAGAUCCAGGAAAGCGAAGUGAAACGUGCCAAGAGGGCAUGA